UACAUUUUUAAAGGAACACUGAAACUAGAGCACUGUAAAUAUCGAUGUUCAUUACUGAGUUAUGACAAGCAUGGCUGGUAUAGAUAUAAAUCCGUUUAGAUGUACGUUUAGAGCCCUUGAUAGUUUCCCUAAUUUCUGGAAAGCAAUAUAACUAGACCUGUUGCACUUAUAUCCGAUUUUAUUUAUUUUAUACCAAUGCACUAAUAUUGAUUGGACAUUUCAUAUUUCAUGGAGGCUAAUUUGUCGAAUCAUUGCGUGGAUGAACGUCUGUGAUGAUCUUAAACCCAUGGUUCAGUUUCUUCAUGUUUAAUAUAGGUCAUCUGUGUAUUUUACAAUUCGGAAGCGGAAAUGGCAACAUUUAGGCCUACCAUGUUUAUUUUCUCUGCGGAAAAAUAAUUAAAAUGACCUAGGCUGCUGUAUUUGACAAAAUAGUGCGUCAAUGUAUGUAUCAUCACUCUCCCUGUACACAUACAGCUCUCAGUUGUGAGUUACAAUGUCGGUUGCGAAUGACGAUGUAGUUAAGGACUGAGCUGCCGAAUGACCUACUUUCCUCAGUUUGCAAAAGCUCAGCCGGUCCUGUUUACCCGAGGCUGUCAGUAGUGAAUGACUGAGCUGGAGGAAGCGAAGGAGAACAGCGGAAUAUCGCAGAAAAACACUUUUACACGCUGUCAGACACACACUUGCGCGUACCCAUUGCUGGAAAUCACUGUUUUCCAUAUUAUAAACGCGUUUUCUUCGGCUACAUGUUAUUUUCAUGUGUCUUUGGUGAAUGUCUUGCAUAUGGCGAGAAGUCAGGUUUUUUGGUUUGAUGUGGACAGCACUGUAGCUAUGUCGGAAAACGAAGACAUACGGGUCUGAAGUAUGGAUCUUAAAGCCAUCAGAGGUGCUUGAUUUAAGAUUCUGGUCUUCAUUUGUUUGACCGAUUCCAUUGGAAGAGGCUGACGGAGGAUAAAGUUUAAGGAAAUAGAGGGAGCCUCAGUGCACACCGUGCGAAUGGGACAAGCCGGAUUUCACAGAAGCCCUGCUCAGGAGAGGGAGUGAGGAUGGACAGCCUUUCGGAGUUUGGGAGCCUCUGUCCGUCCAGCCGCACAGACUGGGACACCAGUAGCUGUGUGGAUGACUUGCUGGAUGAAGAUGAGAAGGACAGGGCAAAAAGGGCGUCGCGUAAUAAGUCAGAGAAGAAGCGACGGGACCAGUUCAAUGUCCUUAUUAAGGAGCUGUGCACCAUGCUGCAGGGACAGGGCUAUCCCCGUAAGAUGGAUAAGUCCACCAUAUUGCAGAGGACCAUCGACUUCCUGCAGAAACACAGAGAAAUCUCCGCACAGACAGAGCUGUGUGAGAUCCAACAGGACUGGAAGCCUUCAUUCCUCUGCAAUGAGGAGUUCACCCAGCUGAUGCUGGAGGCUUUAGACGGUUUCCUCAUAGCACUUACAACAGACGGAAACAUAAUAUACGUGUCUGAUAGCGUUUCUUCGCUCAUUGGCCAUUUACCGUCAGAUAUGGUGGACCAAAAUAUUUUGAACUUUCUCCCUGAACGUGAACAUGGGGACGUCUACAAGCUGUUGUCAUCUCACAUGCUGAUGACCGACCCAAUUACUGCCGACUUCCUGAAGAAUGAGACGCACAUCGAGUUCUGCUGUCAUUUAGCCCGAGGAAACAUUGACCCAAAGGAACCUGCUACAUAUGAAUAUGUAAAAUUUGUAGGAGAUUUCAAGUUUCAUAACAGUGUGCCUACGUCCUCCUGUAAUGGCUUUGAAUUGGCAUUACCAAGGACCCUCCAGUCAUCUCUAGAAGAACAAGUCUGCCUUGUUGCAACUGUCAGACUUGUCACUCCACAGUUUCUGAAGGAUCUGUGCAAUGUGGAAGAUCCUUGUGAUGAAUUUACAUCCAGACAUAGUCUUGAAUGGAAGUUUCUGUUUUUAGAUCACAGGGCUUCACCUAUUAUAGGCUACUUGCCCUUCGAAGUUCUGGGAACCUCUGGCUACGAUUACUAUCAUGUGGAUGACCUGGAACUUAUAGCACAGUGUCAUAAACAAUUAAUGCAGUUUGGGAAAGGAAAGUCCUGCUACUACCGCUUUCUGACAAAAGGCCAGCAGUGGAUUUGGCUGCAGACGCACUACUACAUCACCUACCACCAGUGGAACUCCAAGCCUGAGUUUAUCGUGUGCACGCACACUGUUGUAAGUUAUGCUGAGGUGCGAGCAGAGAGGAGAAGAGAGCUUGGUCUGGAGGAAGCAUUGCCUGAAUUGGCCUCCUCAUCCGUCAAGGGCCACGAGGUGUACCCUGAAAUUGCUCCGCCCCCUGAGGGGCCCCGGGACCGAGCGAGCGGGACGCGGUCGGUGUCCUCGCAGAGCUCUCUGAAAUCCUCCCACACCGACUCCGCAUCAAAUUCCUCAGUUCGGUACACAGAACCAAGCACCCCAUCACGCCAGUCUGCGGCCAUCAGGCCCGAGAAGGCUCCGUCCAGGAUCCAGCCCACUAGCUCGAAGACGUUGGUACAGAGGCAAAACUCUUCUGACCUCCUCCCCCAGCCGAGCAUCCCCCCUUCCCCCACCUGCAGUCAGCACUCCGCUAUGACGCCCGUGUACCAGUUCCAGCAGCCGCAGCUGGGCGUGAUGCACCAGCUGAAGAAGCAGCUGGAGGAGAGGACGCGCAUUCUGCAGGAUGACAUCAUGACCCAGCAGCAGGAGCUGCACGACAUCAGGGAGCAGCUCCAGUUGGUGAACAGCUCCAACAUUCAGAUGUUGCUUCAGCCGCCUGUUCCUAUGGACUUCAGCACGGUCCAGCAACAGCAGCAGCAACAGCAGCAGCAACAGCAGCAACAACAGCAGCAGCAGCAACAGCAGCAACAGCAGCAGCAGCAGCAGCAGCAAGGCCCAGGCCGACCAGCCCAGCAGUCCCAUUCUGGCGUCAUCAGGCAGUCGUCCCAGCAGACCCUGUGCGGUCCUCAUAACUCCUCACCCCACUCGCUCCUGAGAGAAGCCAGCACCUCGUCCCCACAGGUGCUGCAGCAGCGGUCUAUACGGGCCUCAUCAUUGCAGACUGUGAGCCUUCCGGUGCAGACCCACACCAGUCUGACAAUGCCACUCUACAGCAACCCCAUGAUGUUCUCCCAAACCAGCGCACGGCCCCUGCAAAUGCCCAUGUCCCAGGACGUUAGCCAAAGACAUUCGGACGCAGACUUUAGCCAAGAGGGACAGCUACGCAUGUUGCUCAACCAGCCAAUGCAGACCCUGAUAGCAGACAACAGCGGAAGUUCCCAGGCCUCCUCCCAGUGCAGUACAGCCAUGCAGCAAACCAAGUAUGCCCUGGAGCAGCAGAUGGUCGCCCCCUCAUUGCCCGUGCAGCAGGUGAACUGCAACGCCGUCAUCGUCCCCUCGCCGGUCUUCAGCUCCCCCAUCAUGAUCCCCCACAACAGCUUCAUCCCCCAGCAGGCGCAGCCCGCCUACGCCUCGCAGCCGCAGGCUGCGCAGCACUCUCUGCAGCUGCAGCAGCCGCAGCAGUUCUUUCAGAUGCAGCCCCAGGGACUCUUGCAUGGAGGACAGACCCAGACUCUCUUCCAGGCAACCCACAUCCCGCAGCAAAGUACUAUGGGAUACAUUCAGCAACAACCGCAGCAGCAGCAGCAGCAGCAGCAGCAGCAACAGCAGCAGCAGCACCGUCACUCUCAAAACCAGAUGGGCGGCAUUUCAGAUUUCCGAAACAUGCUAACGCGGUAGCCCCAGAGGAGCAAACAGGAGGCACUGUUCUUUUGUGACUGUGGUUCUACAGCAGGAUACGAAGGUGCGCGCGGGCGGAGUCGGCCCGCGCCACGCCAUGCCCAUGGGCCUCAGCGUGCUGCGUCAAGCGGAAGCCACCUGACCCCUGACGGCAAACCCUGAGAUAGGAGGCCCUGGCUGAGGUGGCCUUUCUCUAGAUAAGUUUCUGCCUUCUGCGUGGACUCACAGUUCUAUUUUUGUGCUUAACACGAGCGCGGAUCGCGGGCAGAGGAUCCGCCUUGACGAGUGGAAGCUUUCUGUGCUCGACGCGUCUGAACGGAAGCACUAACGUGCCACACUGAGGUCACCUCCAGCCCUGUGAUAGGGCCCCUCCGACUGAGUCUCAUGCUUCGCAGGGCUUCUUAGUACAUAAAGAAAGAAAUCCUAGUGGAAAAUCUGCACUGUUGCAGGUACCUGCUAGUGAUUGGCUCUUUAGGAGGUGAUCGAAUUUUGUCAUUAGCUGUCGUACUGUAAUGUUACAGUAGUUUUACCAUAUGUCCUGUAAUUGCCACAGUUUGGAAAAAAAGGUGCACAUCAUUUCACAGAAAUAGUGUCUGUCUUGGAUUAGUACACCUGAUUGCUGUUGCUUUGUACCAGGCCUCACCUCUUGGUUUAGUGUUAAGGAGUUGUGAAGCAGUCUGUAAAAUGAAAAACGAAAUAUGGAAACAAGAAAAGCCCCCUCCCUCUCACAGUAUUACAUGAAUGCAGUAUUUAACCGUUUUAACAGUCUUGUUAUUGGUCGACCAAGUUAUCCAAGUGCAAUGGCUCAUUUUUCUCUCCAAUUCUGUCCUUUUUCCGUAAUAGCUUUAUAAACAAAAACCCAGAUAGAAACAUCGAUUCUUUAAUAGGAAAGGGCUUACUAUCUGAAAACAUUUCAGCUUGGGCAGUUAUGCUAUUUGGCCAUUACAUCCUCCUGCUGGACAAUUCUGUUUCCCUGGGAAACUCUCACUACUGCAUGGAUAGUUUAGGGUUCACUGUCAAAACCAUAAAACACUAAUGAGAUGCGACUCAUUCAAAGCUUUGCAUCUGCAAAAAAAUAUGUGAUUCAGCAUUCAUACAAAAUCUUUACAUAGUUUCAGUAUAUCAUUCAUUUAAAUGUUUAAAUUAACGACAAAUGAAAUGAAAUCAUUUUUCAAAAAUUAUUCAUAUAUUUGCAAGAAUAAUAAUAAAAGAAGAAUUUUUGUUCCAUUAAGGUAUGGAUGACAGUGAUGUCAUAAUGCCAGUGUACAUGAACUCCCAAUGACAAACUACAAAAGACAUGCAAUGAUGGUAUGUUUCAGAUGUCCUAACACUCUCUAAUAUAAAGGGUUCUGCAAAAUGAGGAAUAGCGUGUUGUGGGUGUUAUACAAUGAUUACAUUUACCUUUUCUCAGGUUAUUUGUGGAAACAAAGUUCUCAGUAUUACAUUACAGCAUUUUAAAAAAUUAGUUUUUAUUAAUUUGAUGAUUUAUUUUCUCUUGCGUUGUAAGAGUUAGUUCUGUGAUAUAAGAAACAAUGGAGGGGUUUGCAGAUUUCCAUGGUCUACUAUGUACACUCUGAAGUUUUAAAUGUCCAAUUUGGUAUCCAUGUAUAUAUGGGGAAGAAUGUAAUCCAGAAGAAAAACAACUGAACAAUUCAGAUAACAAUAGCAUUUUGACUCCUUUUUAACACCAUGCUUGUUGUAUGUUGCAUACCCGUGGAAGGGUUAUCCAUUGCAGUGCUUAUUCUCUACGUAAAAAUUUUAUUACGAAGUUUAACAUAUACAAUAUAUCUGAAGUGACUUGAACAGAUAAUAAUGCAUUACACUUGAAAUGCCCCUCCUUGUCAUAUGAUCUGAUGCUGUCUGUCUUUCAUUUGGAUCUCAAAUUGAAAUGCUACCUUGAAAAACUAAAGGACUAAGAUCAGACGUGCUUUUUUGUUUUCUUAAGUUAUAGUACAAAUUAAAAGUCAUCGGACAAAUUAAUACAAAUUGCUUCUUUUGUACAUUUUUCUUUACUUGGGAGAGGUUACACUCAUUCAUUCACUUUGUGUGUUUGUAUAAACAGAGUUUAAGGUGUAUAAUAAAGUCAGUUUUGAAGUACCACUCUUAAUUAGAAGUUUGCCAAAAUUUGAAAGUGAAUGUCAUUUUUGAGUUGGCGUUUAAGCCUAUGCUGUAAAGAUAUGAGGGCAGUCUUUCGCACUUUGCUGUCAUCUGACUUUAUACACAGCCUGUCUCUGUGUGAGACCCCUGGCUUCAGAGUGGACAUUGAAUGACUGUCCUGCCCACUACCCGUUCAGUUUGUCACUGUUGAGUUCCUGCCGGAUGCUCUUUGUGUUCAGAUGUACAGGGAUUGAAGCCGAAAAUUGUCAAAGACCUCUACACAGUUUCACCCUUUACUGUGUGCAAUGUUGUUUUUUGAAACAAGAAUGUUUUAAUUUAUACUUAUUAAAUGAUGUCUUUUGAGAGAUAUGUCUUCAUGUAUAAAAGAGAAAUAUUUAAUAGCAUAAACCAGGUACUGUGUAAAUGAGAUUGAAAUAUUUUUGUACAAAAAUAUCUUAGACAUUCCUUCAACCAUGUAUAUCAGUAGUAACCAUUCAAAGAGACGUUUCCCUCCUGUGUGUUUAGCAUGAGCUACCUACUCUUCAGAAAGCACUUGAUCAAAUUCUGAGUUCACUGAACACUAGCAAAUUAGGAGGCUGUACAAUUCUGCAUUUAACAUACCCUGCAAUGGCCCCUAACCACAGCACUUCAGAGUAAACCUUCUUUUUGUAAACACCCAGCACAUUCGUAAAACAUUUCUGUUAUUCAUCUUAAUCUGAUGGAAUUCUAUCAGUAUGUCUCUGACAUCUGUGAUACGUACCACUUACAGUUUGAAACGUAUAGCAGUUCAACAUGCUUAGCUCGGCUCGCUGUAUGAAUCUUGUUUGUUAUCAUAGAAAGCCUCAACUUUUUAAUGCUUUUUUCCCCUCAGAAUACUGAAUGCACCGUCAUUGAUAAUGAACAGACUUGAAAUGUAAUUUUAAUAUAUUUUAAUACUGGUUGAAGGACCUGGAGCAUGUGUUCUAAACUGUCACCACAGCUUGUGAAUAUCUUAUCAGGUCAAUAAGUGCUGGUAAAAAGGAAGUGUGCACUCUAUUGCCUAUUAAACUAAUUUUUAAAAAAUUAGUUUAUAAGAAAGACAAUUUUCUCAUGAAGCAGUGGUAUUGUCCCAGGUGUCAAUUAAUUCUCUAACUGCAGGUAUUUAUGUUCAAAAAAGAGAGAAAGAAACAAUAUUGCUGGAAGCCAUUGCCUGUUUGCUGUGCAUUGCUUCAGUUUUUUUCUGAAUUUAGAGUUUAUUGAUUUGUACCUGUUCAUUGUGAUUUAUUUACUAGAUUAAAUGGUACUGGUCUGUCCUUGGUAUUGUAACAAUUGUUUGUCCCUGACUUAUUAUGCACUUUUUGUUUUGGUGUCUCGGGUUCCAUUUAUCGAGUAAUUUCCAUCGAGUGUCAGCCCCUGAGGCUUCAGCAGUGUGUAGGAUGUGCGCAGCUCACACUUGGGCUGUCCUUCUGUGAGUUGCCAGAUUGUUCUUAAACUCUUUCAUUCUGGCAGAGUGGGAAUGACACUCAGGUAGAAAAUGAAAUAUUGAUUAAAUGAGGCCCUUUGCAUGUACUGGCUUAAAACAAGAUGAUUGAAAUGAAAUCUGGUACAAAACCACAGCCAUUUCUGCCAUCACGCAGCAGAAUAAAUUUUGUAGAUAUUGUAUUAUAAAAUGUACAAAAAUUCUUUAGAAUAAAUAGUAGUUUAUUUUAUAUGAUGUUAAAUAGAUUGGAAUACAUUUAUAAAUGUUCUAUGAUUAAAAGUAAAACAAACAGAUGUAUUUUGUAACAGAAUCAUUAUUGAAGUGUCUUAUUGGGAAAGGUGCAGUCUUUAUAUUCUUGAGUUGCGCGAGUUGGUGUUGCACAAAGUCGAUGACCUUGUAUGGCUUGUUUCUCUGUACAGAUACCAUCAGAAUAAGCUUUAACAUAUUGUUAAUAUUGUUUUAAAACAAAUAUGAAAAAUAAAAGGUUUACAUUCUGAAACAGCUUAUUAACUUUGUGACCGUGAUAUAUGAAUCUUUUUUAUUUAAUCUAGAUGUGUUACAUCUUUCAAAUAAAUAUUUCAAGAGAAUAA